GUUUUAUGGGAAAAACUGUAGAGAGAUCUGUGGGAAAUGUCGUACCAGAACACAUUGUGAUGACGUCACGGGCACCUGUCCAGCAGGAUGUCAGGAUCACUGGUCUGGGCCUAAGUGUGACGUGUGCCAGGACGGUUUUUACGGGUCUGGCUGUACAUUAUCGUGUGGACAUUGUAGAAACGGAUCACAUUGUGACAAGACAACCGGUAUUUGUACAGAGGGGUGUCAGGGGAAUUGGAGUGGAACCAAAUGUGACGUAUGCGGAAAAGGUUUUUAUGGGAAAGACUGCAACAGAGCGUGUGGGAAGUGUGAACAAGACUACUGUGAUAAGGACACUGGUGUUUGUCCAAACGGAUGUCAGAGACGAUGGGACGGCUCUUGUUGUAAUGAGUGUGUGGCGGGCUUUUUCGGAGUCAGUUGCGAGAACCCAUGUGGACAUUGUGUACAAACCACGUGUACACAGGAGAGUGGACACUGUUUACGAGGAUGUCAAGAGAAUUGGGAGGGUGCCAGAUGUGAUGCUCGCUUGAUGACGUCAGAACCAAACACAGGUGCCAUUGGUGGGGGCCUUUUUGCUACAUUGUUUGCCCUCGUUGGAAUAAUCAUGUUAAUUGUGCUCUUGAGGUACCGGAACGUAAGAAAGAGACAAAGAAGUACAAGAAGUGAACUCAACGCUGGUGUCACUUCUGAGCUGAACUCUAACCAUAUUCAAGAGGGCAGACGCAGAGAUACCAGUGGAAACUCGCCUGGCGCCCCAUCCAACGUGCAGAUACCCAAUGUGGAUGUCUCGUUGGAGUGUGGCUAUUACAACUUAGCUUACAGAGGGACGGACAUUGUCAUCGAUGAACUCCAGCGUUGUAUAGCUACAAAAACCACGGGACAAAACAACAUCUUCCUUGCGGAGUACAAGAAAUUACCGCCGAAGGACGUCAGAGCUUGUUGUGAAGCACAGAAGACGGAAAACCUUGAUAAGAACCGUUUCAAAUCCACACUUCCUUAUGAUCAUUCGAGGGUUGUCCUAAAACAAAGGUGGAGCGCUUCCGACAACGAUUAUAUCAAUGCAAAUUACAUAAAGGACACAAAUGGAGAAAAACGUUAUAUUGCAACACAAGGUCCAAGAGAAAAUACAGUUGAAGAUUUCUGGCGACUGAUAUGGCAAGAACGUGUAAAGGACAUUGUUAUGUUAACUAAUCUGGUGGAAACUGGAAAGAAAAAGUGUGCGAAGUAUUGGCCGGAUAAAGACAAACACCUGAGUAUGGGUCGCUGUAGAGUAUACCUGUCUGAUGAAACGAUCUAUGCAUUCCAUGUGGUUCGAAAAUUAACUGUUGAAAGAGUAGAUUUAACACAGAGGAGAACAAUCACACAGUUCCACUAUACGGCCUGGCCAGACCACGAUAUUCCUGAAGAGCUGGGAUUGAUUCAGUUCCACAGAUAUGUUAGCACUCGAUACCGACCGGGUCCCCCUCUACUGGUACAUUGCAGUGCCGGUGUUGGGAGAUCUGGGACGUACAUCGGUCUGGAUUCUCUCUUAAUUCAAGGAAAAGAAAAGGGGAGGAUCAAUGUUUUUGAGUUUGUAAAACAAAUGAGACAGGACCGAAUGAUCAUGGUCCAGACACCGGAACAAUACGUGUUCUUACAUAGAGCACUUCACUAUGGAUUUCAAGCAAAGAACACCGUGAUAUCCGAACACGAUCUUCCGGCAAAAGCGAAGUCAUUAUUGGAUGAGUCCUCACCUUUGAAUCUACAAUCGUUGUAUAACGAAUAUCAGUUUCUAGAAACAUUGAUACCAGUUUACAAGAGUGAAGAAAAAGAUCUCCCCAGAACCUUAGAAAAUAGAGCCAAAAAUGUCGACAUGGAGAUAUUACCAGUGUCUAAAUUCCGACCGUAUCUGACCACCUACGUCAAAGGAAGAAACGAAUACAUCAAUGCAGUUAUUGUUCCAUCUUUCACAAAUCCCACUGCGUUCAUUAUUACCCAGAAGCCCCUUCCUGACACGGAGGUGGAUCUGUGGAGAUUGUGUGUGGAUCAUGAAGUGAACGUCCUGGUUGUUUUAGAGGGGAAGAUCCAGGAAAACAAAUGGCUACCAACGAAAGGACUGUCACGAAAAUGUCCACCAUUCAUCAUAACUGCGGGAAACAAAGAAACUCACACUGGUGGUAUUAUAUUGGAUAGUCUUCAAGUUACACAGGACGGAGAUAAGAAGAACUUAAAAGUCUUCCAAGUACCGUCCAGAAAUGAAGACGCCUUGCUGAAAGCCACGGAACUAUUGUUAGACAGAGAGAAAACCAGCAUACUGACGACUAUUGUAAUGAGCAAGAAUGGUGCCGGACCAGCAGGAUUAUUCUGUGUUUUACAUAACGCUCUACAACAGCUUCGUAUGGACGGAGAGGUGGACAUAUUUACAGCGGUCAAACAAAUACAGACCAGAAGACCGGAAAUCAUCACAAAACUGGAGGAGUACCAGCAGUGUUAUAAACUGGUUGCCCGCCCUGCUUCCUCUGGGGGAAUAUAUGCUAAUCUUUAAAACAAAAUUACUACACAGCAAUCCUCUAAUUCGUAUGCAUUGUGUCAUUAUUUGUUUAAUUUACAUUCCACUGUGUUUAAUUCAUUAAUCAGUGCAUUAAGUUUUGUGUUUUAUCUUAUGAUAAUAUUCGAAGAGAGUUUUCUUGUUCUUACUCUUGCUAGCCAAAAUGGGAACUUCAAAACCGAAGCGAGAUUCGUCGAGGCUAGAUAUUUGGACUGACGUCUCUUCCGAAUCUCAGACCAGUGUCACACAAAGUGAUUCGGGAAAUCUUGCCUGAAUUGUGGCCGUUUGUUGCGAUUAAAAUGGGUUAAACUGCAUUUCUUGUCCGCUUUAACUUUUGGCCUUAAACAUCCUAUUAAUUCCCUAUCACUAUAAAAUGCAUUUCUUACCUUUACACAAUGUAAACCCCACAGUAAAUAAAGUUGCCUAUUUUUGAAGCCGUUGCAAAUGACGACCAUUUCAUUUUUACCUUCUCAAAACUGAAGAGUUCUGAUAAUAUAUGACGCCUUCAAAUCAAUUGGUUAAUUUGUUUUAGAAAGUUUUUUUGUAUUGCUUUUAAUGUUCAUGCAUAGAUUCUUUAUGCAAGGUGAAGAUAACGAACAGUGAUCAAUCUCAUAUAUAAAGUAAUUGUCAUUCAGUAAGUUUUGUAUCUCUAGUUGUAAUUCAAAGUAUCAUGAAAUAUACUAUGGAGACUCUUCCGUGUACUUAUUAUCAAGAUUGUGAUAUAUAUUUAUAGGAAUUACUUGUGCAUGCGUGAGUAUUGCUUUUGAAUGCUAUGAGAAAAAUAAAAACUUGAA